UGGUGAUGGCGUGAUCACUUGCCCAGAUGAGGAAACUGUUGUGGUGCAUCUAAUAACCAGGGAAGCUUUGCUACGUUACAGGCGACCUAUUACAAACCACCUCCAUCUCCCUCUUCAGGACGGUAGUAUUCAACAAAGUGAUGGAUGAUCUGACAAAGUUGGCCAGCGAGCAAAACGCCGCUUUGGUGGUGUUGAGCUUCCUCCAGGCGGACUGCAGUGACGUGCAGUAUAACAAGGCAGUUUGCUCUUUGGGGAAUGAGCUAACAGAAACUUGGAGGAGCAGUUGCGAAGAAGAUGAUGGAGUCAUUGAAAGUGACGGAUACCUGCCCGUAUCCAACGCGGAACUCAUCGCAGACAUGGAGCCUGGAGUGGAGCACUACUGGCCUGGUGGUGAAGAUGAAGCAAGGGACCUGCAGGAGAUUGCAGCCAGACUGAGAGAAAUUGCUGCCCGAUUUCAGCAGAAUGUUGUGGACCAGGCUGCCCUAAACCUGCGCAGGAAUAUCCUGUCCUCACCCAGUGAGCAGUGGCUGGACCUCCUAAAAAGUGAAGUUCAGAGGGCCAUGAUGAUGGUUGGGUUGGAGCAACUGCCCCAGGAGAGGGUCAUCUUGGCCCUCAGCCUCACCCUGAUGAAGCAAGUGUGUGUACACAGCCCACAAUUGCUUCGAGAUCUCUUCAACACCGCGCUGCGGUAUGUCAGUCUUCCGAGGCCAAGGUGACUUCAAGUGGGAAGGAUGAGAAAGAAUAAAUGUGAAGUGUUUGCAGGGG